CUCAAAAGAAUAACAAACCCAUUUCGAGUAACUUUAACUUUUGACGUGAUAAGGGAAGGGAAAGUACGACACCUUUUUGCAAUAAAAAGUGUUUGUAUGUUAGUUCUCAAGUUUUUCGUGUUUCCUCUCCGCAAUGGAUGAUGAGGAAAAUGUGGUUAUUGAAGAGGAUUAUUAUGCCUUUCUGAACGUCCCACGUGAUGCAUCACCAGAAGAAAUCAAUAAUGCAUACAGACGUUUAAGUCGUAUUUAUCAUCCUGACAAACAUCUUGAUCCUGCAGCGAAAAAAGAUGCUGAGAUUUUGUUCAACAAGACAAAACGUGCUUAUGAAGUACUAAAUGAUCCUCAUCAACGCGCAAUUUAUGACAAUGUUGGUAUCAAAGGCUUGGAGACUGGAGGAUGGGAAAUCAUCCAAAGAACCAAAACACCAAGUGAAAUAUGUGCUGAAUUUGAGCGACUAGCAAGAGAACGAGAGGAAAAACUUUUGCAACAACGGACUAAUCCACGCGGAAAUGUGACAGUGCGGAUCAAUGCCACUGACAUUUUCAAUAGUUACAAUGAUGAAUAUGGUGUCGAUGAAGAAAGCGGGUUUCCCAACAUUGAGGUGUCUGGCAUGUCUUUAUCACAGUCAAUUGAUGCUCCUAUCACCCUGAGAGACACUGUUACCUUGGGCGGACAAUUAUCUACGCACAAUGGAACUGGCUCUGGCGAUGUCAGUUUUUCAUCGAGGAGACUUCUCUCAAAUUCAAGUUGGGUGCAGGGUGGGCUGAGUAUCGGUAAUGGUCCCACGAUUAAUAUUAGAACUUUUAGAGCCUUGACACCUAGGAUUUUUGGCUCCGGAGGUAUUGACUUUCAUUUCAAUAAUGAUGGAAUACAGUCAGGGAUUGAUUCAACUUUGGCUAUGCAGUUAGAUAGGCGAACAAUGGGAUAUUUAACAUGGAGGGCUGGCCAAAGUUCCUCCAUGUCAACGUCUGUGAUACGAGACUCUGAGACUUACCACACAGGUUUCCUAGUUACCUUUGGUAUCCCGCACUCUUUUAUAUCUUUUCAUUAUACUUACAAAUUUAAGGACAACCAAUUAAGGCUCAAAGGAGCUGUCAAAGCUGGAACUUUUGGUGCCAUGUUUGAGUACACUGCUCAAAAAAAAAUAUCAGAACAUAACACACUUUCAGCAGCAGUCAGUUUAGGUGUACCAACCGGUGUUACUUUAAAAAUUAAAUUGCAACGAGCAAAUCAGUCGUACUCAUUCCCAAUUCAUCUCUGCGAAGAAAUCGUGCCUAGUGCCGUAUUUUAUGCAACAACUGUGCCAUUGGUUGGUUACUUUUUACUCAAGAAAUUAGUCUUCGAUCCAAUAAGCAAGGAAGAACAGGAUAGGAAGAUUGAAAGACAAAAAGAAGCCAACAAAAACAGAAUGGCUGAAAAACAGAGAGAAGCCAAAAUUGCUGUUAAUUUAAUGUCUGCAACAUUCGCUCGAAUCAAAUCAGAAGAAGAAAAUCGAAGAGGCCUUGUAAUUGUAAAAGCACUUUAUGGGUGCAAAGUUAAGGAAACAUUAGAUGAAAAUAGAGACGAUGUCAUCCACAGUGAAUUCAUCAUAGAUGUCACAAUUCCUCUGCAAUGUCUUGUCAAGGAUUCCAAAUUGGUCUUACAUGAGUCUUCCAAGAGCCAGCUUCCUGGGUUUUAUGAUGUCAGUGUUGGUGAGGAAAAAGAGUUAUUCAUUCAAUAUUUAUACAACACAAUUGUCCAUGAGACACUCAUUAAAGAUGAGGAAGUCCUUAGGAUACCAAAGCACUCGCAUCGUUUAAAUCCUAUUUGAUACCACCAGUCCGUCAUUUAGUGAAUGUAGCUAGCUUUUUUUGUAGUUUUAAGUAUUAUUUUGUGAAUAAAGUUUUAGUUUAAUA